CGGGGGCUGCGCUUCGCCUCCUCGCCACCCAGCCGGGGCCGCCGCCCUGCCGGAGCGGAGCAGCCGGGAAGUUUCGGGGCAAAGCCCCUGACCAGCAUCCCCUCAAAACAAGCAGUAAAAAAUGGGCCGGAAAAAAAUACAGAUCAGUCGAAUUUUGGACCAGCGCAACCGUCAGGUGACCUUCACCAAGCGCAAGUUCGGGCUGAUGAAGAAGGCCUAUGAACUGAGCGUGCUGUGCGACUGCGAGAUCGCCCUCAUCAUCUUCAACAGCACGAACCGCCUCUUCCAGUACGCCAGCACCGACAUGGACAAGGUGCUGCUCAAGUACACGGAGUACAGCGAGCCGCACGAGAGCCGCACCAACUCCGACAUCCUGGAGACGCUGAAGCGGAAGGGCCUGGGGCUGGAGAGCCAGGAACUGGAGCUGGACGAAGGGCUGGACCCCACGGAGAAGAUCCGGAAGCUGAACGAGGGGGUGGACCUGACGGUGGCGCGGCCCAGGCUCUACUCAUCAGCCCCUCCGCCCAGCCACGAAGCGGCCUACGCGGGCACACCGCCCUCUGGGAGCGACGGAGGGCUCAGCAGUGCCAAUGGGUCCCCGCAGCACCAGAGCCGCCUGCCUGUGUUCAAGUCGCCGAUCCCCAAGCAUGGCCAGCCUUCAGGGCGCUCCCCGGGGCCACUGCCACCAGGCCUUGGCUACCCUCUCUUCUCCCAUGGCAACCUGAACCGAGCCCUGGCUACCAAGACCCCUCCCCCGCUCUACCUAGGGACAGACGGCCGCAGGGUGGAUGUCCACAGCAGUUUGUCCAGCGCCAGGAGCAAUCUGACAUCAGCGCAGCGAUCGCUCUACCCUGGCCUGCAGACGGUGAGCCCAGGGCUGCCCGCCGGCAAUGGCAGCCUGCCAGCCCACGGGCUAGGGGGCUUCCCCUUCCUCUCCUCAAGCCAAGCAGAGUACGGGCCCGGCGAGGCUUCCACGCACCCCGGCUACCUCCAGCCCAACGCCAUCGCCUCCUGGCAGCACCACCGCGACAUGGCAGCCUCCGCGCACCUGCCGCUGGGGGCGGGCGGCAGAAUGCUCCCCACCGAAGAGGCAGCCCCGGCCCCCAGCAGCUCGCCCCAGCACCAGGCCAUCAGCAUCAAAUCUGAGCGGGUCUCCCCGGUGGUCAGCUGCAGCUCGGCCACCCCCCAGCACUCCCUGAGCGGCCUGUCCUCCCUCGGCGACGUCCCCAGAGGCCCCGGGGACCCGCCCCAGCGAGACGAGUAUGCCAAGGCCUAUCACUACCCGCUGGUCCUGUCCCGGCCGCUGGCGGAGGAGCAGCAGGGGGGUGUCCCCAUGCGGCGCCCGCAAGUGAUGGACGUUUGGCAGAGAUAGUGGGGCCGGCUGUCCGGGGUGGGGGGACGCCCGCGCUGUUUGCGUGUACGACUGGCAGUGGCAGGCCCAGUGUGUGACAUGCCUCCUCUUCUGCUUGGAAGCACUUGUACCUUUCUCCUGGGGUCCCCUGCAGCCAUGGCUACCCACAGGGCAUGGCUGAGUGCUGGGGCGGGGGGGAAGUCCCAGAACCCCCUGGGCUGUGAGUGCCUGCGGGGAGCCCCCCUCGGUGCCCUGCCGCAGAACCCCCUGGGCUGAGAGUGUCCGGGGGGAGCCUCCCUCAGUGCCCUGCCCCAGAACCCCCUGGGCUGUGAGUGCCUGUGGGGAGCCCCCCUCAGUGCCCUGCCCCAGAACCCCAUGGGCUGUGAGUGCCUGUGGGGAGCCUCCCUCGGUGCCUUGCCCCAGAACCCCAUGGGCUGAGAGUGUCCAGGGGAGCCUCCCUCAGUGCCCUGCCCCAGAACCCCAUGGGCUGAGAGUGCCUGCGGGGAGCCCCCCUCGGUGCCCUGCCCCAGAACCCCAUGGGCUGAGAGUGUCCGGGGGAAGCCCCCUUUGGUGCCCUGCCCCAGAAUCCCCUGGGCUGUGAGUGCCUGCGGGAAGCCCCCCUCAGUGCCUGGCCCCAGAGCCCCAUUGGCUGAGAGUUUCUGGGGGGGGAGCCCCCUUUGGUACCCUGCCCCAGAACCCCCUGGGCUGUGAGUGCCAAUGGGGAGCCCCCUCUCUCGGAUUGAAAUACGUCCCUACUCUCUUUCCCUCCAACUCUCUGAUUUCAUGUUAAAUGCAUGUUUGGGUGGAAGGUCUGUUCCUCUGAGCUGGGCUGGGACCCCCGUGAGUGAGCCCCUCACCCUCACCUGCCCCCCACCCUGCUGCUAAUGCCCCAGACCAGCUGCAGGUGCCUUGGAAGCUCCAGUCUCUGGCUGAGCUCCAGGUCUGCUCCUGGUGCCCACGUCAACGCCUCCCCGCCUUCCGCUAGCGCCCGUGCAGCACCACCGGGGCCCAGCCAUGGGGCACGCCAGCGCGGACAGGGCAGGCUGGGAAGGUCUGCAUUAGAGCUGCCCCCCGUGGUAACGCCGUGGGGGGAUUCGGCACAGAGCCAGCCUCUGGGAUCCGCAGUGUUCAGGUGCCGCUCGGAGUUAUUUUCUAUUUAUUAUGUUGUAUCCAGCCGCGGGUUCGACCAAUAAAGAUUUGGGUUUGUCCAGCC